AUGGAUUCAUUAUUUCAUACAAACAACUCACCGUCAUUCUAUUCAGUUGUAAAGACUAUUGAUAAAUAUGAACACCUAAAGUUGGAAAAGAAUGUUGAUACGGGUGUUGCAGAAUUGAUUCUAACAUCAUCAAAUGGUUUAAAUCUAAUGUCUGAUCAAUUCUUUGAUGAAUUAAUAUCAAUCUUUGAAACUAUACAAUUGGAUGAAAAGAUUAGAGUAGUCAUUAUUUAUAGUGACGGUAAGAUAUUCUCUGGAGGUUUGGAUUUGGCAGCUGCAUCUAGUCAAUUGUCAGAUACAGAGGGUACAGUACAAGAACAGAGUUCAAAACUAUUCCGUUUGAUCAGACGUUGGCAAUGCGCAUUUGACCGUAUCGAGAAAUGUCUCAAACCUGUCAUUGCAGCUGUACACGGUCACUGUCUGGGUGGUGCCAUUGAUCUGAUUACUGCAUGUGAUAUUAGAUUGUGUUCAUCUGACGCUACCUUUUCCAUUCUAGAGACCAAGUUGGCUAUUGUAGCCGAUCUCGGUACACUACAACGUAUUCAACGUAUCUGUGGUGUUGGUAAUGCUAGAGAGAUGGCAUACACUAGUCGUCGUAUCGACUCUGCCACCGCAUCCCGUUACCAACUCGUAAAUAAUGUGUAUAGUGACAAGACCACCCUUCUCCAAGAAGCACAUAAGCUUGCCAAGCAGAUUGCCGCCAACUCACCCCUCGUAGUCCAGUCCACCAAGAUGAUCCUCAACCACUCACUCGACCAUAAAAUCGAUGAAGGUCUUCUCCGUGUAGCUCUCCACAACACCGCCUUUCUUCGUUCAAAUGAUUUAAUGGAAGCUGUUUCUUCAUUUAUGGAAAAACGUACUCCUAUAUUUAAAUCAAACUUUAGUAGUAACAGUCUACGAGGUCGUAGUAGUAGUAUGAUACAAGGACAAACAUCACCUACAGGAUCUAGAUUUAUUAGGUUGAUGAAUCGAUACAAAGAACUAGAGAUGGAAUGGUGGAGUACUCUAUCUGAAGAAGACGAACAAUUACUGCAAGACGAAGGAUUAGACAUAAAGAAUAUGUUGUUCUUUUCAGAGGUACUCUUUACAGUGGCUCGAUUCAAACCAAUGAUGAUGUUUAGUUAUCUGCCUGAAUCAAUGCUUCAAUCAUACCACGAAAGAGUGAUCAUUGCAAGUGGACUACUUCAAACGCUACCUGACAUUGUCUUUAAAAAGUGUAAAUCAAUCGAAACCGAUAAUACUGUAUUCGAAAACACUGCUGUACUAUAUUUUAAACAAUCAAUUAAACAAUAUCAACAACAAAUAUUAAAUCAAAAUAACAAUCAAACUAAUAAUAAUAAUCAAAAUAAUCAAUCGAAUAAUAAUGAAGAAAUAAUAAUAACGGCAACUUCACCAAGAUCAUUAUCAUCAUCACCAUCAUUAAAUAUUAAACAAAUGCUUGGACAAUUAUCACAAUCUACGAUAUCCCUUUUCCAAAACAUUGACCAACACGGAGAAAAUACGGAUCUGUUGGCAAAGGAAGUGGAAUUGGCUGAAUUGUUUGAUUAUCCAACCAAUCUGCCUGAGCAUAUUCGAGGAUCAGAAGAUCAAUUCUAUGAUGUUGGUUAUUCUUGUUGUAUAUAUCAAUCAAAAGAAAAAGAAUUGAAACAACAACAACAACAACAAAACCCACAAGAAAUGGAUGAUGAUGAAAGAAUUGUAAUGAGUUAUUUCAUUCCACGUCACCAAUUACAUAUUAUUCAAGAUAGAAUUAAACAACAUCAUCAUACCUACGCUACAUUAUUUAAAGUUAUCUUUGGUUUAGAUUUAAAAUUACGUAUUGCUCAAGCUUGGGAUGAUUAA